AUGCUAUCGACUAUCAACGAAGGAUCCAGCAUCCUCAAAAAGAUGAGCCUGGAAGAUGGCACCGAAAUGGGUGGGGAAAACGCUCACCUGAAGAGAACCCAUGAUGAGGCAGAAGAGCCAUCAGAAUUUGCCGGGCUAGUGCCCUUUGUUCCUGUCAACGAUGGUCCAAGCCAAAACCUUCAGCAGCUUCAGGAGCAGAUCCAGCAGUUGCCACCCGAAGUACAAAACCACAUUUUGGCUCAGCCUAGAGAGAACCAAAUCCAAGCGUUUUACGCUUAUUUGAACUCAGUCUUCGACAAGCUGACUCCUACGGAACAGGAAUAUGUCAACAGCUUUCCCGCUGAAAGGCGUUUUGACGCCAUGAAAGAGACAGUCCAGGCCAAAGAACGGGGAGUUUCAGAUGGUCCGCUGCCAGAUCCAGCCCCAUCGGGUGAUUACUAG